AUGAGCAAGGCUGCAUUUGCGGCCUACGAGGACUCCAGCUCAAACAAUGCUGGUCCUUCUGGAUCGCCGAAAGCUUAUUCUCCUCUUCUAUCGCCUGGCUCUUCUAAAAGACCAUCAACAACAAGAUUGAACAGGCUGCCACUCAGAAGAAAUUACUCGGGCUUAUUGGGAUCUGGUGUGACAAAUGAUGAUGACGCACUUCUUAAGCAGCUAGAUGGAGCCGAUGAUCCAACUGACUGGCUUAAUACAGCACUAUCAAAAAAGGCAAAUACCGACGAAGGAAAUGAAACACAAUCACAAUCCAUUCUACAAAGCAGAAGAGGCAGUGCUUCCUCUUUACUCAAACUUGAUUCGCAAUUAGCCCAUCUAUCAACCGUUCUUUCUAUCUCUAGACAAGAUACACUCACAAGCAUGGACAGUACCAUGGCAUCAGUAACUGAUAGCAUACCCAAACUUGGAUUGGAACUUCGGCUAAUGCGAGAUGCAGCACUCGUUCUACGACAGAAUAUAGCAGACCUACGACAAAGAGCAAGUGCAGCAGAGAUCAGCCGGUCUGAUUCAAACGAAAGUGAAAUAAAUGGAAAGCAAAUUACCGAAGCAAAUGCUGUGUUGGAGCGACUUGCAUCUCUUUCCUCUCUUUUGGAACGAAUGACAGCUGCUCGUGAUGUUUUGAGCUUAGCGGAAUCUUGGUCAACGCUUUCGACUGAUGUGACGGCUUAUUUGGCCGAUGCAAAAUUCGAAGUAGCAGCAGCAAGGUUGGCAAAAGCUAAAUCAUCAUUAAGCGUUUUCGAACGAACGCCAGAAUACGAAAGCCAUAAGAAGCUACUUGAUGGUCUUUCCACUAAUCUAGAGAAUCGCAUGACUCCUACAUUGAUUGAUGCAAUACGUGAUCGAGAUAUCGAACACGCAAAGAAGUUUUAUCAAGUGUUUGCAAUUGUUAAUCGACAAGAACAAUUUGCACGCAUAUGGAGAAGAACUAGGGCUGAAGAAUGUUUGGCAGAAUGGGUCCGAUUUGCAUCUUCCAAGUUUGAUGAACGAGAAUCUGCAUUGGCCCUCUUGGAGAAGAGAUUUGUCGAAUCUCUUCUUGGUCUGCUAGAGGAGGAACGUAAGAUUGUAGGACAGGUAUUACCCAACAACCCUCGCGAAAAUGUCGCCAAAUUGGUCACUUCAACCUUGAAUUCACUCGAGCCAGGCUUCGUUGCUACGAUAAACAGAGUGAUAGAUCGUCAAAGCAGUAUCGCGGUGACAGGAGCAGUGGAUUUACAUCAAAUCCUUCGCAGAGCUGUCAUUCGGAUUGCAGAUUGCGUCAUCAGAACAGAUUCAAUUUCGGCAUCAGCAGCAGAGAUCGGCGUCGCAACCUCCCCGAUGGACAUCAAAGUUGCAAAUGCUAACGAUCUCAUAUCCAAAUCAGCCAUUGUCACAAGUCCUGAAGUGCGACCUAAACCCUUGGCAGCCUCGAAUUCCAGAAGGUUGAGUGUCAGGCGCAUGAGUGGGAUCGGAAUACCGAAAGGCCCUACAAGCGCAGUAGAACAGCAAAAUGAUCUAAGCACUUCUCCCAAUACUCUAGCAUUGCCAGAGAAACCUUCGCAAUGGGAAAUCAUUCUAAGCCUAGUGCCUCCUCCGGAAGAUUGGGAGGAAAGACUGUUGGAACCCAUACUUGACCUACAGCUCGACUACGAAGCACUAGAGAGGAAUUAUCUGGGCGAAUCUAUAAUGAAACACGAAUUCGCUCGGACAAGUUCCAACGAAGGUAAUGCCUCGGGCAUAUUGAUUGGAUCGGAUUUGGUUAUCGAAUUAAGAAAGAUGAUCGAGGAGUCCACAAAGUCUUCGACGGACGCCAUCAGAAGAACGCGGCAAUUGACAUACGGUCUCAGUUGUGAUGGCUUGAUCUCAGGUGUGGAUGAUAUUAUCUCUUCACUGAUCUCCCAUGCCAAAGAUGCUUUGGAUCAGCGAACUGCGAUUGCGCUGGAAGAAGCACAAAGACAGGCUCAUGAAAAGGUGUCAAAAUCGGGAAAGAAAGAAGAUGAUAUGUACGGUAUGGGCUUAGCGUCCUCUUCGUCUUCAUCUGAAGGGGUUGAAUGGAAAGCGUUUGAAGAAGGAAUGUCGCUUUUAUCUGCUCUACACGAUGUUUUGGAUACCAUUAAAGGGCUAGAGGCUACUGCUGCCAAUCAAAUGAACGACCUGGUAGACGUCUUUCUGCCCUUGCCUGGCUCCAAUCCAGCUGAUACGAUAAAGAGACUUUGCACAGAUGACUCUGGCACUACAACGGCCGCCUUACGCUUAUUGUUGGAUGCCAGCAAAGACAGGCUUCGAUCUGGAAGUUUGAUUGGGACAUUGAAGCGUAUGCGUGCUAUUCACUCUCGAUCUUCAAAGAAUGCAUCUCAGCCUGCGCCCGUCUUGUUACGCCAAGCAAGACUGUCUCUGUUGGAACAAACAAAAAGUGUUCAACGUCAUUUGACAAAUAUGAUUUUAUCACCUUUGAUGCCACACUUGGAACUGUACGCCGGCCUUUCGAUUUGGUCUGCUAAUCGUCUUCCAGGUUCGGUAAACGAGUAUGACCUAGCAAUGCCAACGUUCAGUCUUAGCCCGACAGAGGAUAUGAGCCGAAUUGGAGAAACACUUUUGGACUUACCACGUUUACUGGAAGUAUGGAGUGAAUUACCGCAAUUCAAGUGGAGCGUACAAGGUUUGACCUUCUCGCUGGCUUCCUCUAAAGAUAUCGUCUUAGCUGAUGCCCUAUUGGAAACACCGGUUGCCGUCGAUCAAGAUAUUCCUGACCCAUUCGAAUCAUCUUCCAUUUCAAUGAGUCCAAAGCGAGAAAAGAGGUUGUCGUUACAUGGCGGAAGUGCAAGUGCCGGUUUGCAAAGCGCUGGAUCUUCUACAUCCAAUUCAGCCGUCUCUCCAGGCCAAGAACGCAGGACGACUUCUGGAUCACAUAGGCAUACGCCUUCUGUUGCUUCAAUUGCAACUUUGCCGGCUCGAAAUGAUCAGAAUCGUCGACAAGCAGAACAAGAUUUGGGUAAAGCCGGUCAACAACAGAAUGGUGGAAUGGCCGAUGCUCAAACGGCUCUACAAAGCUAUUUGACUUCUAUCAGUCUUACGUUGGUCUCGCAUUUGAUCUCUCUCGUUUUACCCUCUAUCGCACAAUUGACAGCAGCAGGAGCUUCUCAAUUAGCAGCAGAUUUGGACUAUCUUUUGACGAUCUUAUCUGCUUUGAAUGUGACGCAAAACAUCACACAAAGCGAAGAUGCACAAAAUGCGGAUACAUCUGCGAUGGAAGAAAUCACUGGCCUCAUACGAAGCCUAGAAGCUUGGAGAGAUAUUUGUAAAAUUAAAGACCAAGAUGGUAGACGCUUACGACAUCUUGUACGAUCCGGUCAAGCAGCUCGAGGCGGUAGUCUGGGUGAUCCGAUCGACAGCUUCGAGGGAGAUGAGGAUAAGCUGAGAAGCUUGUUGGGCACACAUGCCUUCGAUAUGGUUGCCCGUAUGAGAGGAUGGUGA